AUGCCUCAGCAUUGGCACCAAAGAACCUCUAAACGACAUAAAGACUUAGUCGCAAUAGCUGAUCAGGCUACCAUCACUCCCGCCGAGUGGAACUCUCUCCGAAAUGACGAGACCGCUGCAGAGGUUGUAGCUGAGCUCAUGAUCCGAAUCAUCGACAUGAGGCGGGAUGAAGCCAUCAACCUUUUGGAGGUUCAGGAAUUUCGAGAAAUGACUGCCGAAAAGCUUGGCGUCUAA